AGUUGGUAAACAGCGUUGACCUCAUGGUGGAAGACGAGACACUGUUAGGGAACGAGGCUGCAUAGCAUUGAAAAUAAAUCCAGACAUUCGUAAUUACUGGCGGUGUUAGGGAGACCCACCAUGGCAGGUGACAUGAUGUUGGUGAUGCGUGGCUUGGCCAAGCUGAGCCAGGCGGUAAUAGACACUCAGGCCAGCACACUGCGUAUUGGAGGAGCCCAGGCCAUGGCCCAGAGCAUGCAGAUGACUGCAGAGCAGAGCCUGGGAGUAGCCAUGCAGAAGAUGCAGGAGUUUGGUGGGCAGCAGCAAAGCGUGCCUGAUGACUUCCCAGCAGACAUAGACAGUAAGUAUGACUUCUCCGAAGCAGAGGGGAGCAGCAUGGACAGUGGGGAACACGUAGAGCCAGGGUUCAGAGAAGAAGGACAAGGCGUCUCCUCAGAGGGGAUGGGGACCACAGACAGCACGACCUGCGUGACAUACAACGGCCAGGCCUCAGUCAAAUCCAAGCUGUUUGAGGGCUACAAGGACCCCAGCAGCCAGUUCUCAGGACAGAUCCGUUCCUACCUAUCCUAUAGCUCCUACCGCUCCUAUCACCAGGACGGCUCGGGGGUUGGGGGCCUCACGGCCGAGGACAUAGAGAAGGCCAGAGAAGCCAAGAGGAAUGAGAAACCACACAAACAAAUGCUCAAUGAAAGGGCACGAGAGAGAAAGGUACCAGUGACCCGGUUAGGGAGACUGGCUAAUUUUGGAGGUCUGGCUGUAGGACUGGGCUUUGGAGCGCUGGCUGAGGUAGCCAAGAAGAGUAUGAGGCCAAGUGAGGAUAACGCUGACAAGAAGGCCGUUCUGGACUCCAGUCCGUUCCUGUCAGAGGCUAACGCAGAGCGGAUCGUCAGGACGCUGUGUAAGGUCCGCGGAGCCGCACUGAAACUGGGCCAGAUGCUCAGCAUUCAAGAUGAUGCCUUCAUCAACCCCCAGCUGGCCAAGAUAUUUGAGCGUGUGAGACAGAGUGCAGACUUCAUGCCCAUCAAGCAGAUGACGAAGUCCAUCAACAACGACCUGGGCCCUAACUGGAGGGACAAGCUGGAUUGGUUUGAGGAGCGUCCGUUUGCUGCGGCCUCCAUCGGACAGGUCCACCUGGCUAAGAUGAAGGACGGCAGGGAGGUGGCCAUGAAGAUCCAGUACCCCGGAGUGGCUAAAAGCAUCGACAGUGACAUCAACAACCUGAUGACUCUCCUCACCAUGAGCAACGCACUGCCUGAAGGUCUCUUCCCUGAGCAUCUGAUUGAGGUGAUGAGCAGAGAGCUGGCACUGGAAUGUGAUUACAUAAGAGAGGCCAAAUGUGCCAAGAAAUUCCAGGAGCUGCUGAAAGACCACCCGUUCUUCUACGUGCCAGAUGUAAUAGACGAGCUGAGCAGCAACGCCGUCCUCACCACAGAGCUGGUCCCAGGCUUCCCUCUGGACCAGGCUGAACAACUCUCCCAGGAGCUCAAGAACGAGGUCACUAUCUGUGAGAAUAUCCUGAAACUUUGUUUAAGGGAGCUGUUUGAGUUCAGAUACAUGCAGACUGACCCCAACUGGUCCAACUUCUUCUACGACCCACAGACGCACAGGGUUGCAUUGUUGGAUUUCGGAGCCACAAGAGGAUUUAGUGAGGACUUCACUGACAUCUACAUCGAGCUCAUCAAGUCAGCAGCAGAGGGAGACAGAGAGGGGGUUCGGAGGAGAUCAGCAGAUCUCAAGUUCCUCACAGGUUAUGAGUCAAAGUCCAUGGUGAACGCCCAUGUGGACGCGGUGAUGAUCCUGGGCGAGGCCUUUGCCUCUAUGGAGCCUUUUAACUUCGGCGCCCAGAGCACCACAGAGCGCAUCCACAACCUGAUCCCCGUGAUGCUAAAGCAGCGCCUCACCCCGCCUCCCGAGGAGACCUACUCUCUCCACCGCAAGAUGGGCGGCUCCUUCCUCAUCUGCUCCCGCCUCGACGCCAAGCUCGGCUGCAAGAACAUGUUCCAGGAGGCCUAUAACAACUACUGGAGGGGCCGCCCCAACCGACCAAGCCAGUGACGGACACCGCAGAGGGCCAAUAACAGGGCUACAGCAUCAGGGUUACAGAGGGUGUGGACUAUAAGGGGAGGGAUGUUGACCCUAGCCAGACUUUCUCUGCUGUUAAUUUAAUGUAUAUGAAUGGCACUUUUUUGCCCGUCUCUUCCCCGAACCAGAAUAUGUGUGUAUAUUCAUUACCGGUCCAAAGUUUUAGAACACCUGCUCAUUCAAGGGUUUAUCUUUAUUUUUGCUAUUUUCUACAUUGUAGAAAAAUAGUGAAGACAUCAAAACUAGGAAAUAAACAUAUGGAAUCAUGUAGUAACCAAGAAAGUGUUAAAAUAUAUUUAGAUUUGUUUAUGUUUUAGAUUCUUCAAAGUAGCCACCCUUUGCCUUGAUGACAGCUUUGCACACUCUUGGCAUUCUCUCAACCAGCUUCACCUGGAAUUGUUUUCCAACAGUCUUGAAGCAUUGGGGCGGCAGGGUAGCCUAGUGGUUAGAGCGUUGGACUAGUAACUGAAAGAUUGCAAGUUCAAAUCCCCAAGCUGGCAAGGUAGAAAUCUGUCGUUCUGCCCCUGAACAAGCAGUUAACCCACUGUUCCUAGGCCGUCAUUGAAAAUAAGAAUUUGUUCUUAACUGACUUGCCUAGUUAAAUAAAGGUAAAAUAAAAAAUGCAAAAAGCGAGUUCCCACAUAUGCUUAGCACUUGUUGGCUGCUUUUCCUUCACUCUGCAGUCCGACUCAUCCCAAACUCUCAAUUUGAUUGAGGUCGGGGGAUUGUGGAAUCCAGGUCAUAUGAUGCAGCACUCCAUCACUCUCCUUCUUGGUCAAAUAGCCCUUUCAGUGUUUUGAGUCAUUGUCCUGUCAAAAAACAAAUGAUACACUCCCACUAAGCGCAAAUCAGAUGGGAUGGCAUAUCGCUGCAGAAUGCUAUGGUAGCCAUCUUGGUUAAGUGUGCCUUGAAUUCUAAAUUAAUCAGUGUCUCCCCCACACCGCACCCCCACACCGUCACAACUCCUCCAUGCUUCACAGUGGGAACUACACAUGCUGAGAUCAUCUGUUCACCAACUCUGCGUCUCACAAAGACACGGUGGUUGGAACCAAAACUCUCAAAUUUGGACUCAUCAGACCAAAGGACAGAUUUCCAACAGUCUAAUGGUCAUUGCUCGUGUUUCUUGUCCCAAGCAAGUCUCUUCUUCUUAUUGGUGUCCUUUUAGUAGUUAUUUCUUUGCAGCAAUUUGAUCAUGAAGGCCUGAUUGACAGUCUCUUCUGAACAGUUGAUGUUGUGAUGUGUCUGUUACUUGAACUCUGCAUUCCAAAUAAAUGCUUCAAUCUGAGAUUAAGUUAACUCUAAUAAACUUGUCCUCUGCAGCGGAGGUAACUCUGGAGGUAACUCAUAGCACAUUUUUGCGAUUGCACUUGAAGAAACUUUCAAAGUUCUUGAAUUUUUCCGGAUUGACUGACCUUCAUUUCUUAAAGUUAUGAUUGACUGUUUCUAUUUGCUUAUUUGACUUAGCCAUAUUUGGUAGAAGACCAUCUUCUGUAUACCUUGUGACAAAAUUCCACAAUUUAACUUAACAAAACACGCCUGUUUAAUUGAAAUGCAUUCCAAGUGACUACCUUAUUAAGCUAGUUGAGAGAAUGCCAAGCGUGUGCAAAGCUGUCAAGACAAAGGGUGGCUACUUUGAAGAAUCUAAAACAUAAAAUUUGUAUUCGUUUUUUUGGUUACUUCAUGAUUCAGUUUAUUUCAGUUUUCACUAUUAUUCAAUGUAGAAAAUAGUCAAGUGUGUCCAAACUUUUGACUGGUACUGUAUUUUUGUGUGUAUUUGGAGUAUAUUAACCAUGGCUGUCCAGUUAACAUUCACAAGACGUAUCAGAUGGUUGAUUGUCUAGGUUGAGUUAACUGGGAUAAAUGCCAUGAUGUGCGUCAGAAUUGUAAAGCUAUUGUGAAUUCAAGACAGUUGGUUUCUUGUGACGUGGGGAUAUGAUACUGUCUAAUGGGCAUAAAACCAGUGGUAGUGAUGAGACAGGAGUUAAAUAUAAAGAACAGUGAUAUACUGUUAAUGACCUAUUUUCCAGCAUGUGGCAGUAGUUCUAGUGUCCUAUGAGGACAAAUGCUCAUGUGAUUCAUACCAAAGUGUAAAAGGAUGUUCUCUCACACUUAAGCAUAUUGCGCACAUUAACAGGUUGCAGACCAAUUCCUGUUUGAGGGCAAUCUCCUGUAAAGCCUGUCCCUAUAAACACAUUACAUUUGGGAAACAUGAAAUAUAGAUUUAUCAAUGAUCUGAACUGUCAUGACAUGGUUACUUCUGUGAGGUGGAGAUGGUUGAUGGAUGGAUCAUGGGACAUGGCCUUACAUCCAGUGCCUGAGGAAAUAAGAACAUGCAUUCUCAUUGACUGACCUACAUUUUGGUGCUACAGGCCCAUGGUAGUGUUUUGACACUUGUGGCCUGGUGGGCUUAUGACAUUUUGAUCAUGGUGUCCUUUAUUAACAGCAGGUUUUACAUCAGUUGACAAAACUGCUGUUUUGUCAUUAAAGCCUGUCUUUACUUUGUGAUGGAAAGACUGUUAAGGCAAGAGAAAGGUGAUUCUAAAUCACUUUGUGAAUAUAAAUGCAAAAGUAUUGCUAGAAGGAUGUUUAGAAAUGAAUGCCGCUAUGCAUCUUUUAUAUUGAUAUCAGCAGAAUUUUUAUAAUCAAUUACGUUCUUAGUGUUAUGAUAAAUAUUAAAUAUUUGACUUGACACUUGUUCCAAUCAA